UUCUCAAGUCUUCUUGAUUGGAUAAGUUGGAAUUAAGAAGGAGGACCUGACCAUUGGCCGCUGAUUACGUGUCUUUGAAAAGAACAAGUGGAAAAAAACUUCCAAAGUUACCACCACAUCCACCAGCCUUCCUCGAAGCAUUUCUGUGGAGUCUGUCCUCCCUCCUGUUACUAUAGAAAAAAAGAGGGAAGAAAUAUUGUCUUCUGCUUAAUCCUGAAUAUUAUAUCCAAAGUCAGAGCAUUAAUCACAAAGCAGAAAGCUUCUGAAAAACAAAUAGUGUCAUGGAAUGAUGUUAGAAACUUUUCAAAUGAUGGUUCUACACGUUAGAAGAAUUCAAAUUCAAUAACCAGUUUGAGAAACACAAGUAAAAUUAAAUUAUAAGGAAAAGCAAUUCAAGAGGAAGAUCAUGAAUAUAACAGUUUGAGGGAAAUAUUAAAUCUCAUCUCAGAUCUUUUUAAACAACUGAGAGUUUCUAGAAGAUAAAGACCUCAUAAUUAUGACACAAAUGGUUGGAGCUUAAAACAUAACUCUGCUUCAGUAGAUUUUUUUUUAAGACAACUUAUAAGUGAAAAAUAAUUUUAGAUAUAAGAAAGGUUGCAUUUGUACCUCAAACCUUACUUAUUCUGGAACCAAUUUAAGUGUAAAGCCAUACCUCAGUACUAAUGGAAUCUGAGAAAAUUUGUAUGCUAGAGAAACGUAAAUGUAAACUAUGUGGUAGAUCCUUCAGCCGAAACGCUAAUCUUAUUCAACAUCAAAGAGUGCAUACUGGAGAGAAACCUUAUGAAUGUAAUGAAUGUGAAAAAGCCUUUACUCGUAGGUCAUACCUUAGAAAUCAUGAGAAAACACAUACUGGAGAAAAACCCUAUUCUUGCAAUGAAUGUGGGAAGGCUUUCAGCCAUAUUUCAGCCCUUACUCAACAUCACAGAAUUCACAGUGGAAAGAGACCAUAUGCAUGUGUUGAAUGUGGGAAAACCUUCAGCCGAAGCACACAUCUUAUUGAACAUCAAGGAAUUCAUUCUGGGGAGAAAUCCUACCAGUGUAAGGAAUGUAGGAAAGUUUUUUGCCGCAGCACCUCACUAAUCCAACAUCAGAAAAUUCACACAGAAGAAAAACUGUACAAAUGUAACGAAUGUGGAAAAUCAUUCAGCCGUAACCCAGCCUUUAUUCGGCAUCAGCGAAUUCAUACUGGAGAGAAACCUUAUGAAUGUAAUGAAUGUGGAAAAGCUUUUAGUCAGAACACUAACCUUAUUCAACAUCAAAGAGUCCAUACUGGGGAGAAACCUUAUGAAUGUAAUGAAUGUGAAAAAGCCUUUAGUCAUAGGUCAUCCCUUAGAAAUCAUGAGAGAAUACAUACUGGAGAAAAACCCUAUGCUUGCAUUGAAUGUGGGAAGGCUUUCAGCCAUAUUUCAGCCCUUACUCAACAUCACAGAAUUCACACUGGAAAGAAACCAUAUGCGUGUGCUGUAUGUGGGAAAACCUUCAGCCGAAGCACACAUCUUAUUGAACAUCAAGGAAUUCAUUCUGGGGAGAAAUCUUACCAGUGUAAGGAAUGUAGGAAAGUUUUUUGCUAUAGCUCAUCGCUAAUCCGACAUCAGAGAAUUCACACAGGAGAAAAACCCUACACGUGUAAUGAAUGUGGAAAAGCCUUCAGCCAUAUGCCAGACCUCAUUCAGCAUCAGAGAAUCCAUACUGGAGAGAAACCCUAUGAAUGUAAUGAAUGUGGAAAGGCCUUUAAUCGGAGUGCACGUCUUACUGAACACCAGAGAACUCACACUGGAGAGAAACCUUAUGUUUGUAAGGAGUGUGGGAAAACUUUCAGCCGAAGUACAUACCUUACUGAACAUCAAAAAAUACAUUCUGGUGAGAAACCCUAUAAAUGUAAUGAAUGUCCAAAACGAUUUUGCUAUAGAACAUCACUAAUUCGACAUCAGAGAACUCAUACAGAAGAGGAAGUCUACCAAUGUAAUGAAUGUGGGAAAUCCUUCAGCUUAAGCUCAGCCCUUACUAAACAUAAGCAGAAACACACAGUGGAGAAACCUUAUCAGAGUAAUGAAUGUGGGAAAGCCUAGAGCCAUAGGUCAUCCCUUACCCUUGAGCACUCACAGUAGUAGAAAACUCUAAGAUUGUUAUGCAAGAAAAUUUUUAGGUAAAAUACUGAUUUACUCAGUAAUACAA